ACGGCGACGCACGCGACACUCGAUCGGAACUGAGGGUGCUGUCGGAAGCCCGCACUGCCAUUAGUACAACUCGAAUUGUCAAUUAGACGGUCAUUUUGAUCUUACGUCGUCCAUUAAUGUGUUUGUUGAAGCAGCUGUGAUGGGGAGCAACAAAAUCGCGUCAUGUAUAUGUAACAUGUAAUUUGUGAUUUCGGUCGGCGCAUACACAACAGUCAAUUGUAGCGAAAGAACGCCAAAUCUGCUUGUGGUUCAGUGGCGCAAGAGGUACAGUGUAAAAUGGCCGUGUCGUGGUACGCUCUGGCGGUGCUCGCCACUACCGCUCUCGGGGCAUCUAUUGCGCCGACGAAAGACCAAUUUUUGGAAGGCUCUAUGUGCGGAAGGGUGUGGAUCACAAUCCACUCUCCAGCAAUCCAAAGAACGCUGGCGCCAAAUCUUCUAGACGCGAUAGAGCUCAAUUGGGAUUUCAAUGGCUGUUCCACUAUUCCUAAACAGAUAGGCCUCUUCAGCAAUAGGCCGCUUUCGUGGAAUAAUGCAUUAGAGACAUAUCCACUGAAUUCAGUAGAGGGCUACAUAAUCACUAACACCUCUCUAGGCGAAGGUGCUUUGCCUGGAGGCUGGUUGACAGGUCCCGGGCGAAAAGGCCCGCAUUGUCUCUGGCCAUGGGUUGCGGCAGGCGACCUCCAAAUACUAGCGUAUAAUUGUCUGAAGAUACAACCAACGUGGAUGGAAGAUAAUGGAGACAAAAUAAACAGACUACGCAUCGGAGAGCUGGCUAUUGCGGGUACUCACAAUGCAGGCGCUUGGAAAUUCAACACUGAAGUUAGCACAGCCUCACGGGAUAGCUUCGUGUUGUGUCAGGACCGUUCUAUCUGGGCCCAGCUUGUUCAUGGCAUCAGAUACUUCGACUUCAGGGUUGCUUACUACGAAUUUUAUCAAAACGAGGAUGACCGAUAUUGGCUGAAUCACAAUCUAAUACGAGUCCGUCCACUGGUGCCGCUACUAAAAGAAAUUAGAACAUUCCUAGACAAUACAAGAGAGGUUGUAUUCCUCGACGCCCAUCAUUUCCCUAUAGGCUUCUAUGACACCGAUGGACGCCCCAUCCGACAAGUCCACGAGGGUCUAAUAGAAUUGGUUCAAAGAGAACUAGGCCCCCACAUGGCAAACGCCGUAAACUUCGCUACGGAACCAGGCAGCCGGGGACCAACUCUCAAAACAUUACUAGAUGCAGACAAAAGACUGCUUUUCAGUUACGUGGAUAACACUAUAGUAAGAGAAAACAACUUUCUUUGGCCGAAUCUACCUCACUUAUGGGCGAAUACAAACUGCCCUACCGAGCUAUUCCAGUACUUAGACCAAGCGAUCACCGUGUCGCCCCAACCUACAGCGCUCUCACCGCUCUAUUCAGCGAUGGCACAAACUACCCCUACAGUACUAGAUAUCCUUUUCCUUCGAGGGUCCCUCAGAGCGAACGCAGACGAUGUCAACCGUAAUGUUACAUCUCGACUUGUGACAAGAUGGCGACAAUACGCUAACAUUGUGUCCUCAGAUUUCUUCCUUGGAAAUGAUGUUAUUGAUGUGUCGAUAGCUCUCAAUAUCGAGCGUGGAUCAAGCCGUUUAUGACGUCAUAGCAUAAAAUCCAGAAGUGGCGGACUCUACGUAAAAUCGCAUCGCGGCCGCAUAACCAUUGCGACAGGACGAUCACCAUGGUUGCCUCGUCGCAGAAAUCGGUAUAAAGUGCCACACUAAACUAUUUAUCUAAAUACCUAUCAAUAGUUGUUCCUCAGAGAAAAUAUUAGAGCCGCUAUGUUCCACUGCCAAAUACGAAACCACGUGAAAUGUUACUAGUGAGAUAAUUUUAAGUAUUUUAUUUAUGUAAGAUUACCAUGUACUAGUCCAUCACUAACAAACAAUUUUGUAUAUAAUUACUUACAAAAUAGAGCAUUUUAAUUUUU